AAAACUUCUUACUCCUCUUUCUUUCGUUCCGCUUUGAAACAACAAAGGAGGAAAGAGUCGGCGACAAUGCCUUCGUUUCCACAGCCUGGGUCGGUUACCAUCUGUGAAAUCAACCGAGAUUUAGUUGCUGCGGAGGCCCUGUCGGAUGAUGGAGCCAAGGACACUUACGGAAAGCUUCUUGGAAUGGUGUUCAGUCCGGUUCCAUUUCAGUCGGUGGAGGAUCCCACGCAACCUCAACCCACGACAAAUGCCGCCAACUCUCAACCCAAAGGAUUGGGAAUGAUUGCUAGCUCCCUCAAACACAUUUUUCAACCUAAUGAUAUUGAUUUGUUACCAGAAGUUGCUCUCCAAGGUGUGAGCUGGCAUCAACACAAACAUAUCCUUGCAUUUAUCUCUGCCUCGAAUCAAGUUACUGUUCGUGAUUAUGAAGAUUCCGCAGGGAAGGAGCCAUGCAUUUUAACAAGUGACUCCCAAAGAGAUGUUAAAGUUCUAGAGUGGAGGCCAAAUGGUGGAAAGUUGCUUUCUGUGGCAUGCAAGGGUGGAAUUUGCAUUUGGGCGGCAUCUUAUCCAGGGAAUGCAGCAUCAGUUAGAUCUGGUUCUGCUUCAUUCUUAGGGGCACUCUCUAGAGGCUCUGGGACUCGGUGGACUCUGGUGGAUUUUUUUCGAAGUCCUCAUGAUGAACAAAUAAGUGCACUUUCUUGGAGUCCUGAUGGAAGGUAUUUGGCCUCUGCCUCAUAUGAAAGCUCAUCAUUCACAAUUUGGGAUGUUGCCCAAGGUAUUGGGACACCCAUCCGACGGGGAUUAGGGGGAACAUCAGUGCUUAAAUGGUCUCCGACUGGAGAUUACUUUUUUGCUGGAAAAUUUGAUGGAACCUUUUACCUCUGGGAGACAAACACAUGGACAUCUGAACCGUGGUCUUCAUCCAGCGGUUUUGUCACGGGUGCAACCUGGGAUCCUGAUGGUCGUAUGGUCCUGCUUGCUUUCUCUAGGUCCUCAACGUUGGGUUCUAUACACUUUGCAUCAAAGCCUCCUUCAUUGGAUGCCCACUUAUUACCGGUUGAUUUGCCAGAGAUAAUAUCUUUGACAGGCAGUCAGGGAAUUGAGAAGAUAGCCUGGGAUGCUUCUGGAGAGCGAUUAGCAGUAUCGUAUAAAGGAGGGGAUGACAUUUACAAAGGUCUCAUUGCAUUAUAUGACACAAGGAGGAAUCCCUUGAUUUCUGCAUCACUAAUUGGUUUUAUCAGAGGGCCUGGCAGCAAUCCAAAGCCAAUUGCGUUUUCCUUUCAUGACAAGUUUAAACAGGGACCAUUGCUUUCUGUGUGCUGGAGCAGUGGAUUCUGCUGUACCUACCCUCUCAUAUUUCGUUCCUAAGGUUUUCCCUGGAGAAGGCUUUCUGAGGCAACCUGUGUAUGGCUUAUUUUGCAAAGGGUACAGACAGGAGGGUUAGAUCUGCGGAAACACAAAUGAAAUUGAGGGAAUUUAUAGCUUCCAUUGUUUUGCUUCAAAAUGUUCCUUUUACUGUUUUGCAGUGCCUGAGUUUAGAAGUUAUUGUUGUAACUUGACAGCACUGGUGACCUAAGUUUUAGUGAUGAAUGAUCACUUCCAUCACAUGCUUUCCCUC